AUGUACAAUGUCGAGAUUCUCCUCAAACAUAUCGCCACAAUGGAGCUGCAGCCAGUUUCCAAAUCCGGGGCUACAGCCGACCAUCUUGAAGCUCAACAAGCCCCUGACCGGUCUGUCGUCUCAAAGAAGCAUGACGCCCACGAAGCAGCAUUGAGAGACGCUGAUGCCGAGAUCCAUGUCACCACGUCCACUUACCUUGCCGUCUUCUUCCUGGGAUUUACCUUCCAGCCCUCCCUCACCUUCACCUGUUUGUUUGUAUUCCCCGUCAUCGUACCCAUCGCGAUGGAGCUACAGGGAUCAACCUACAACUCCAACUGGCUGGCAUCGGGCUGGUCGCUCGCUGGUAGCAUUGCCUUUGCACUUGCAGGACAGAUGAGUGACUACUUUGGCCGGAGAUACCUCUUGAUGUUUGGUCAAGGCCUCCUCGUCUUGGGCCAUAUCAUCGGCGCCACAGCACAGAGCCUCGAGCAAUGCAUCGCCGCAAUGGUAAUCCUGGGGUUUGGAACUGGCACCACGUUCAUUCUCUACCCUGGGAUCUCAGAAAUACUUCCCAAUAAGUACCGACCGUAUGGUCUAGCCUGGACUGAGCUCAACCUCCUUCCCUUCACGACGUUGGCGCCAUUGAUUGCUAGGGAGUUCGUCGCUCGAGCAACUUGGAAAUGGAUCUUCUACCUAGGGAUCAUUACUGGAGUCAUUUCGUUGGCAGGUACAGCCGCCUUCUACUUCCCUCCUGCUCGGCCCAUUCGGGAAUAUUCACGCAGGCAAAUCUUAGCCCAGCUGGACUAUGUCGGGUUGUUCUUCUACGUCUCGGGGCUGACGCUGUUCCUUCUUGGUCUUGGUUGGGCAGGCACGUCAUAUGCCUGGAACAGUGCCCAUGUGCUGGCCCCUCUUCUCGUGGGAGCGGUGUUGUUCGUCUGUACUUUCGUCUGGGAUUUCAGUGGCAGGGCUCGAAGACCUCUGUUUCCCCGCUGGUUGUUUGCGAUGGUCAGGGAAUACACUUUUCUCCUCGUCAUUAUCUUUGUGACGGGCGUUGUCUACUUCACUCUCACGACCUUGAUGCCGCAGCAGAUUGUUUACACCUUGACGGGUGACGCCACCCUGGCUGGGGUCUACAACAUCCCUGGAGGCUUUGGCGGGGCUGCGGGAGGCGUCUUCCUUGGUGGACUAAUCUCCAAGAUCAAGCACGUCCACUGGCAGCUGACAUUUGCAAUCGCGGUCCAGACGAUCUUCACGGCAUUACAGUCGAUUUGUUGGCCAGGCCAGGUCGCCAAGCUGCUGGUCUUUCAGCUCUUUGCCAAUGCUCCCUUUGCUUGGAUCACCCUCGCUUGCUAUAUCACGGCAUCUCUCCACGUCCCACAGGAAGACUUGGGCCUGGCACUCGGUCUGAUUGGCACCUUUCGGUUCCUGGGCAGUGCUGUGGGCACGACCGUCUUCUCUACAAUCUUGAGUAACCGUGCGUCUGGCAGUACCAUUUCGCGAGUGGCUUCGGCCGUGGUCCCUAUGGGGUAUCCCGCCGACAAGGUCUCAUCUCUGGUCUCCGCGAUAGCAGACGGCGCGACGAAACCCUUGGGCCUGAGUCCUGAGAUUCUCAGCAAGGCUCUGGAGGGCUACCAGCUGGGGUGGGCCGAUGCCUUUCGAAUCACUUGGCUGGCCACCAUUCCCUUUGGACUCAUCGCCUGUGGUCUGGCGAUAUUUGUGCGCGACCCUUCUCCCUACUUCACGAACCAUACUGCUGUGCAUCUCGAGAAAGAGGCUCUCGGGAAAGGAGAAAAGAAGGAUGUAAUGAGUGAGUAA